CCCUCGAUAAAAAAAAGUAGCGACAUCUGUUGAAGAUUGCCGCUUUCCUCCUCUCCUGCCCGUUCUCUCGGCGCUCGGCCCUCCGAUUGGCCGAAUGCUGUCACGUGCUCUCUCGCGUUUUUUUUCUUGCUUGUUUUUUGCUCCCGCCACCAUCGCGGUGCCAGACCAUUGCGAGCCGUGUAUGGAGGCACCACGCAUCGCGUCUCCUUUGCGCUUUUAAGGCGUAGUGUUCGCGAUGCCGUCUUGCUCGGCAUUCGGGUGCAGAACACGCGAAACAGACGGCAAGCGACUCUUCCGGAUUCCAUCAGCGAAGCGAGACGCGGCGCAGAGGAAGGUCUGGCUUCAAAGAAUCAGCCGCGCUGAUUUCAACCCAACACAAUGGUCCCGGCUGUGUGAGGAUCACUUCACGGAUGAUCAAUUUGAGCCGGUGAUUCUGCAGAGCUGUGGCACAAAAAAAUUGAAGCGUCAAGCCGUUCCAUCGCUCUUCGUUCAUCGGAAGCAGCUGAAGCCGAGGAAGCCGCCUGCCAAACGUUCUGGUGUGACAUCUUGCAGCACACAUUUUUCACCAUCACAAGAGAGAAAUGGUGUUGUUGCUGGCUCUGCUGACAGCUUGCCACCGCGCUCAGAGCAAGGCACAGAGGCAUCUUUGGCACCGAGUGGCCUUGAGCUCCUGCUCGCAGCUGUGGACUGCAUUGAUGGCACUGUGCCCUCUUGCGCAACAAAGUCUCCAUUCCAGGAGGACACACAUAAUGUUACCUGCUGCUCGGAUGUAGACUCUACUAGCCCUAUGCUGCAGAGAUCACAGCAGGAUAUACCACCUCCUUUUACAUCUGCUACCCACGAGCUCCUUCCUGAAUCUACAGCUCAAGUUGACGAAUGCUCAGCAGCCUCCUUGCCCAGCCAUACAUCUACAGUGUGCCCAGCCUUACAACUUCCGCAUACAUCUGCUAGUCCCAAGCUGUUUCCUGGAUUCGCAUCCCAAUUUGACGAAUACUCAGCUGCCUCAUUACCCAGCCACACAUGUGCAAUAUGUCCAGGCCUCCAAACCUCUCCUAUAUCUGCUAGCGACAAGCUUCUGCCUGGAUCUGUAGUCCAAGUUGAUGGUGAGGUUUUCUUUUGAAUUCAAAGCAGAUUUUCAAAGUUGAAUAUGAACACUUUCUAUUGCUUAACAAAUAAGACAUGAUGUGACUGCUCUUGCCUUAUGAUUCAAUUUUUGACUUUGUUUCAACUAGG